AUGUUUGAAGUCAAAAUGGGGUCAAAGGCGUGCAUGAACGCAUCUUGUGGCGCGACGUCCACUGUUGAAUGGAAGAAAGGUUGGCCUCUUCGAUCUGGUUCUCUCGCUGAUCUCUGUUAUCGUUGCGGAUCCGCUUAUGAGACUUCCCUGUUCUGCGAAACAUUCCAUAUGGAGCAAUCUGGUUGGAGGGAGUGCUAUUUAUGCAACAAGAGACUUCACUGUGGAUGUGUUGCCUCUAAGCUCAUGGUCGAUUUUAUGGACUGCGGUGGUGUUGGUUGUACUUCAUGUACCAACUCCCAUCAACUCAAUCUGAAUAAGAGAGGUGAGAAUGCAGGUGUGUUUAGCAGAUUGGUAAUGAACAGGCACCAUACAAAUGUGGAAAGUGGAAUGUGUACUAUUGAUGGAGUAGUAAGAAACGAAACUGAUCUCUUUCCUCAGCCACUAGUCAAUGGGGAUGAUAAAAGAGAAGAGUUCAUGGGUCACCGUGGGUUUGGUUGUUUUAUACAACCAGAUAAGAAUAGUAAUUCCACCACUGGGCAAAUGCACGAAUCGUCAUCAACACCUUCACAGCCAUCUUUGAAUAUAGCUUUGGCACUACUUCCUUAUAGCCCAUCUUUUGCAAGUCCUGUCGUUGAUGGGAAGAAACUAAUGGGUGCUGCUUCUCAGUCCCACAUUGGCCAAUGCUCUGCUUCUAUUAUACUGCAAAAGCCUUUAAAAUCUGUUCUUGGAACUCCUCCUGGGACUAGUAAGUCUGCUCAGGCCAGGAUCGGGAGGCCUCCUGUGGAAGGGCGUGGGAAAGGACAUUUACUUCCUCGCUAUUGGCCAAAAUACACUGAUAGAGAGCUUCAGCAGAUCUCUGGAAAUUUGAAAAUGAACAUUGUACCUCUUUUUGAGAAAACUCUUAGUGCUAGUGAUGCCGGUCGCAUUGGUCGUUUAGUUCUUCCAAAAGCCUGUGCAGAGGCAUAUUUUCCUCACAUUAGUCAUUCAGAAGGGAUCCCUUUGAAAAUACAAGAUGUGAGGGGUAAGGAGUGGACGUUCCAGUUCAGAUUCUGGCCUAACAACAACAGUAGAAUGUAUGUCUUAGAAGGUGUCACUCCCUGCAUACAGUCCAUGAGGCUACAGGCUGGUGAUACAGUAACAUUCAGCCGAGUUGAUCCUGGUGGUAAACUAAUCAUGGGUGCCAGGAAGGCAAUUUAUACUGGAGACAUGCAGGCGUGUGGUCUCACCAACGGUACUUCAAACGAAGACACAUCAUCCUCUGGUGUUACAGAGAAUCCGACCUCCAUAAAUGCUUCCUCGUGUCCCUCACAAAUUCCGGAAGAACUGAAAGGUCUGCCUGAGCAUUUGAGCUUGAAGAAGAGUGAGAUGAAUGGAGGCAGGAUUUGUGAUGUUCCUUCACGGGUUAAUAAGGAAAAGAAGAGGACUCGGACCAUUGGGGCUAAAAAUAAGGGACUGCUUCUGCAUAGUGAAGAAUCUAUGGAGCUGAGACUCACUUGGGAAGAAGCUCAGGAGUUGCUUCGUCCCUCUCCUAAUGCUAAGCCCACCGUUGUCGUCAUCAAGGAGCAUGAAUUUGAAGAAUUUGACGAACCUCCUGUAUUUGGAAAGAGAAAUAUAAUUACUUCAAAUCCUUCAGGUGAACAAGAACGAUGGGCAUCGUGCGAUGACUGCAAUAAAUGGAGGAGGUUACCUGUAAACGCUCUUCUCCCCGCAAAGUGGACAUGUUCAGACAAUGUUUGGGACGUGAGCAGGUGUUCGUGUUCUGCACCAGAGGAGAGUCUGAAAGAACUUGAGAAUGUUCUUAGAGCAGGAAAAGAGUACAAGAAGAGAAGAACUGGGGUGAGCCAGACGGCCAAAACAGAGGAAGAAUCGUCGGGUCUGUAUGCACUAGCGAGUGCGGCGAGUGCAGCAGUCUUUGGAGACGCUUUAGGCGACACAGAGGUCGCGACCACGACCAGACAUCCAAGGCACAGGGUUGGAUGCUCUUGCAUAGUGUGCAUUCAGCCGCCAAGUGGGAAAGGUAGGCACAAGCCCACCUGUGGGUGUACAGUGUGCAGCACAGUGAAGAGAAGGUUCAAGACGUUGAUGAUGAGGAGGAAGAAGAAGCAGUUAGAGCGAGAUGAUAUAGCAGCAGCAGCAGAAGCAUAUGAGGAGCACAACAAGGAAGCGACGGAACAGGCUGAGGGUGAUAAGAAUAACGGACGGGAGGAAGGGAGGAUUGAUCUGAACAGUGAUCCUUAUAACAGAGAGGUUGAGAAAGAAGAGUGUAAAAGAAGAGAGUGUUCGGGUGUGGCUGAUGUUUAAGGAGGAGAGGCUGCAACCUGUGAAGAGCCGAAAGCUGCAACCUGAUAUGAAGAAGACAAAAAGCUACUCUCAUAACUACCUUAUCUUAAUAUAUGUUCUGUAAAGAAACCAAGAGGAGAAGAGUGAGAGUAGGAGUGAGAGGUACAGUUUUGUAUUUGAUAUAGUUUUAGGUAAGCGUCUGAGACAAAAGAACAAGAAUGGCGAUCUUCUGCUUUUGCAUUUGUUUUGGUUUUGUAUGGUCUUUGGGGUUUAGGGUUUAGGUUGUCUCCAUUGAUCGAGGUUUUGCAUAAGUGAAAAUGGAGCUUUAGUGUUCAGUGAUGAAACGGUUGAAUUUGUUUUCAACCUCACAUAGCAACAUGGAAAGCGUUAGGUUCAAAUUAUUAUUCUUCUUAUCUGAUAUGC